AGAACAGCGCGGCCCCCUCGUGGCAGCCCCCCGCGGCAGCCUCGCGCGGGCCCUCCGCCGCGCGGUGGGCGCGCGCCCGUGCGCGCCCCUUUCGGCCGCUGCGCGGUGCUCCCCCGCGGCUGCGCCGUCGACGGCCCAGGCGGGCCCGGCGCACGGCGUCGUCGGGGGCGCGGGCGAGGGCGUCGCGGCGAUGGAGAGGUGCGAGCCGAGCUGCUGCGGGCACUGCCUGGCCCGGGCGGCCUUCGCCGCCACCUUCCUGGUCGCGAGCGUGCCGACCUGGGCCUACGUUGCCAUCUCGGAUGUCUGCGACGCGCUGGUGUCGGCCUGCACGACCAGGUCCGAAGUGAGCGUCGGGCAGGAGGCGCUGGCCGCGCGGCGCGCCCACGGAGCCUUCGUGGGCCGUGCGAUCUCCAAGUCCUGGCAGCUGGCCCUGCGGGUCUGCUGCUGGCUGCGCGUGGACGCCAGCGGGCUCCGGCCGCUGGAGGACGCAGGUGGGGGCGAGCGCCGCUUGUUCAUCUGUGCGAACCACGCUUCUUACAUGGACACGGUCCUGAUCUGCGCUUACAUGCCGCGGCAUCUCGUGGGGGAGGCGAAGACAUUGAUGGCGAGGAAGCACCUGGGCAUGCCCGUCCUGGGCAGGAUCGCGAACCACGUGGGCCACAUGCCCGUCCCCUUCACCUCUUCCUCGAGAGGUAACUACGCCGUUGACAAGGCAAAGAUGGCGGAGCUCAUGGCCAAUGUGGACAGGUGCAUCGAGGGCGGGGGUCACCUUGCGAUAUUCCCCGAGGGCGACCUCAACCCGGAGCCGGACGUGCUGCUUCCGUUCCGGGCCGGCGGCAUGGAUAUUUGCAUCCGCCACGACAUGGAGGUCUGGGCCUGGGUGAUGACCGGCCAGGCGGACUGCUGGCCCGUGGACGCGGCCAUAGGCGGCCGGCCGUCCUCGAUCCAGCUGCGGGCCGAGCGGCUGCACCACAGCGCCCGCGAGGCCGCGGCGCGCCUGGCGGGCCCCGGGGCCGACGCGCGGGAGCAGGCGAUCGCGCUCGCGGCCGACCUGCGGGCGCGCAUGCAGGGGAUGCUGGACGAGAUGCUGGGCAAUCGGGCACCCCCCGUCCUCGGCCCCUCAAGCUCCUGCCCCAAGACCAAGCUGUGAGUGUCACGGGCCACGACCUUUGUUGGGUUCAGCUUCAAGAGGUGGUGACUUACGCGGUCCGCGAGAUGCCCCCCGGCUGUGCCGCGCGGGCUCCGGGAGCGGGGGCCGCCAGAUGCUCACGGGCCUCCGAGAUGGCCGCUGAAUACCUCAUGGAAUUCCCGGCAUGCAUCCUGAGCCAACCCCAUGACGACAUCGCUCUCGGCCUGGAGGCGUGAGCUGCGCGCCCUUCUCUGGCUGGGCUCCGCGUGGGCGCGCCGCCGCCGGCGCGCGGACCUCCUUCGCACCGAGCUGCUGCUGCUGCUGCUGCUGCUCCUCCUCCUCCUCCUCCUCAGACAGUGGGUGCGUCUUC